CGCUUUUUCGUCCCCCUCAGAGCUCUUUCCUGUCUUACUUGGUUGUUACUCCAUUCGCUUCAGCAGCGGCAAAAUGUCUGGGAUCCUUCGGGGAAUCGCGCGAAUUCGCACAGCUCCGGCUCUUCGGGGGUCAAACAUCACCCAGCGAUCAAAUCUAGCCUCAAAGCCGGCAAAAGACCCCUUGGGGGCAGCGGAGACAGUAUUCAGCCUGGCUGUGUUUUCCCUGGCAAUUCUGGCUCCAUCUGGAUGGGUCCUGGCCAACCUGGAGAGCUACAAAAAGAAGGCAUAAUCCUGUUGUCAUGGCCCGAAAAGAGAUCUCUACAUCCCUUGUCACUGGGGACCAACGUCUUGUCUUUAACCCACCUGUAACAAGAAAGGACUCAUGAGCCAUCCAUCUAGCGCUCCAUCAUGAAGCAGUUUACCCUCUUCCAGGCCACUCCUACAUGUCAGUCAACCAGUGGGCUUCAUAAUGAGUUGUUGUAAUGGGUGUUUUUCUUUUUAAGGAUAUUGUUACACACUUAAAAUAAACUGUUAUUUAAAUCCAAAA